AAAAGCCUGUUGAUUUAAGUACAGUAUAGCUCAAACUUCCUCAGAUUGUAUGAUGCUUAUCUUAUUGUCUUCUCCAAAUUCAGCCCCAGUAAUUUAAAAUCGACUCACUGCAUUGUUUUUAUUGUUUGAGUAAAAUCUACCUGGGUGGGCUGUGCACCUGCGUGCCUCAGCAGAGCAAUUAAUUAUGGCUUUGCCAAAGCAUGCGCGGCACAGCUGUAGCUGGAGCCUCCUCUUCGUGCGGGUCAUGCCUUAAAAGUGCUGCUGUUUAAACCGCUCGUUGUUCUAAAGGACUGGGACAAGGUCUCACUGCAGUGGGUGCUGUUGGUUGGAGAGGCUGACUGAACUUGUGAGGAGAGGCGAGACAGAGAGCUGUGCGCUUUGUUCCCGGCAGAGUGCGUCCCGCUCUGCACGCACUCUCGCACACAUCGGGGUUGCUCGACUUCCAGGCAGCGGACUGGUUUCUCUCUUGUAACCUACCUCCUGUUUACCGCGCAUGAACAGUCCGAGGGACGCCAGCAGACCUUUACUACCUGUGCACUUUAAGCGUGCGUCAAAGAAACUCUUCAUCUAAUCGUUCCCCACCACCGGUGCUUUUGGAUUACGGAGAAUAACAAGCAGCGUGGACGCCUAACUCUCCGAAUCAUGGAAUUAUGGAUAAAGUUCAUGAUGUUAUGUAGCUUCUGCUUUGAAGCAAGUGCAGACUUUGAUGGCAGGUGGCCACGGCAGAUGGCCUCAUCCAACGGCCUGUGUCGCUACGGGGCCAGGGUGGACUGCUGCUGGGGGUGGACACGCCGCUCCUGGGGUCAAUGCCAGCCUCCCUUCGCCUUAACUCACAGAGUAGUCGGGAUAAAGUGCCAGCCCCAAGCUGUAUGCCAGCCUGGCUGUAAGCACGGAGACUGUGUGGGACCUAAUAAGUGCAAGUGCCAUCCUGGCUUCACUGGCAAGACCUGCAAUCAAGAAGAAGAACUGGACUAUUUAGCCCCACCAGUGUGGGCCAGUCACCUCCCUAUCUUUCUUCCCGUGGACCAUCAGCCGGCGAGAGUAGUGAUGGAGGACCUGAACGAGUGCGGUCUGAAGCCAAGGCCCUGUAAACACAGGUGCAUGAACACAUAUGGGAGUUACAAGUGCUACUGCCUAAAUGGCUACAUGCUGAUGCCCGAUGGGACCUGUGGAAACGCUCGUACUUGCGGCAUGGCCAACUGCCAGUAUGGCUGCGAGGUGCUGAAAGGAGAGGUCAGAUGUCAGUGUCCAUCACCAGGCCUACAGCUGGCUCCAGAUGGAAGAACCUGUGUGGAUGUGGAUGAGUGUGCAGCAGGGUUAGCGGUUUGUCCCAGGUUCAGGAAAUGCAUCAACACCUUUGGUAGCUACAUUUGCAAGUGCCAUGAUGGGUUCGAUCUGCAGUACAUCAAUGGGAAAUACCAAUGCAUAGAUGUGGAUGAGUGCUCCUUAGGUCAGAGCCACUGCAGCAGCUUUGCCACCUGCUACAACACGCCAGGCUCAUACAAGUGCAAAUGCAAAGACGGCUACAGGGGGAUGGGCCAUGACUGCAAACCCAUUCCUAAGGUGGUUAUUGACCCUCCGAGACCAGGCAUACUGCCUCCAAAUCAUCACAACCACAUCCCAGACCUGGAUCACAAGAGGCCUACCACGACCAUCCGCCCAACAGUGACUCCAAAAAGGAUCUUCCCUGUUAUCCCGACAUCAACAACAGCUACAACAACCACAACAGAAGCACCUCUGCCUCCAAUGAGGGUCACCCCGCCUCCACGCAAGCCAUCACUUCCCACCAGGAAGCCCUUCAUCCCAACCAAGAAGCCACCAAUACCCACACGCAAGCCUUACAUCCCACCAAGGCAGGUAGCUCCGACCAGACAGCCCCCAACACCACCACCAGCCACCCCUGUAGACAAUACCAUCCAGAAUGAGGUCACCAGGCAGAGAGGGGAUGUCCAUAUCCCUCGGGUCCACGGCCAUAACACCAUCCCAGAUAUCGACUUUGACAUUGAGCUGGGCAACACAGCAGAAGAAGUCAAUGACGACCCAGAGUCGGGGUAUCUGAGCUGCUCCUUUGAUGAUGGUCUUUGUGGCUGGAUCACAGACAAAGAUGGAGACCUUCACUGGGAGACGACACCUGAUCCUUCAGGUGGACGGUACCUAACAAUUCCAAACGUAGGAAACAAGAGAAGUGGGCGAGGGGCACGGCUGGUCCUCCCACUCACCCCUCCCUGGAACGACGGGAAUCUGUGCCUGUCAUUCCGACACAAGCUGGCAGGCCACCACGUAGGCAUGCUGCAAGUGUUUGUGAAGAAGGAAAAGCAGUACAGUCCAGCUGUCUGGGGAAGAACAGGUGGAAAUGGCUGGAGGCACACCCAAAUCACAUUAUGGGGCACAGGCCUGGAAAGUGUGAUCCUGAAGGGGGAGCGUGGGCGAGGCAGGAGUGGAGAGAUGGCUGUGGAUGACAUCGCCCUGAGAAAAGGCUCCUGCACAGAGGAGUACAAUCUGAGGAGACUCUGACUGACAGAACAGAGAAAGGCAGGAAUAAAACAGGAGGGAAUAUCAUCUCAAAGAGAACUGACUUUGUUGUGACACCCCCUCACUCUGCCUGGGCUCUCGCUGGUCUCCCCAACCCUCUAGCCAUCCUGUGAACAAAAUCCGAAACAUUGUGCAUCAGUGGGUUUCUCUUUCUCAGCUAUCCGUGAAUAAAAAGACUGCACCAAAUGUCAUAGGCAGAUCCCAGCAGCAUACCCUCAUCUUCUCAGCAUCUCUCUCACUCCAUCACCUCGUUGUUCUGAAGCCUGCAUGCACCUAUUUGUCAUGGAAAUGUCCUCCAUCGAACUCAGCCCCAGCAGCCUCCCAGCCACACCACUGAGAUGCCCACAUUCAAUGUAAUUCUCAUGUAGAGAGGACCACUCCCUCACUGCUUUUCCUUGCAUUAAUGUUUUAAACCACAAGCCAUUUGCUUGCUGUUAAAACAUGCAGCCAGGGGUGUUUCUAUUAGCAAUAUAUCAGAAAUUCACGUAUACAUUUAUUUGAGGGUUAGAGACACAAGAUUAAAAUUGUUUGUCAUAACUUCCUUCUAAUCCACAUUACUCCAAAUCUGAUGUAGACCCAAAGACCCAACUGGAGAGUUAACCUAGCCCUGCUUUUGUUGGUCUGAGUUUUGGCUGUUGUUGCCAUUCUAUAGCACAGUGUUGACUGAAACAGUGCUGCUUUUCUUUUGUUGUCACAGUAUUCCAGAGAUCUGUUUGGCAGAAGAGUGUUUCAACACCUACUAUAGAACCUUUUCUACCCCGAUCUUUUAUUGAAGCCUCCUAAAGUUUAAACAUACUGCAAUCAUGUUUUACAGAUACUUGAAAUGUGUCAAUCAGAAUCAAUGUAUGAUUUUUGACGCUUGUAUAUCAACAGCUACUCUCUAUUAUACAAUAUGUGCUUUGUUAUAUUACUGUAAGUGCAGUUUCUAUAAACAGUUACAGUAUACCAACAACUUUUUAGGCUUUCACAAAUUGUAUUAUUGUAAAUGUAAUUGUGUGUACAUACUCAAAAUUUAUGAUCCCUUUUGUUGUGUGGUUUAUAUGUUAUAUAAAUUCUUAUGAUUAUUCAUUGGAUUUCAAAAUGGUUGGUAUUUCAGCUUUUAAUUAAAGAACAUGUAUACAGAUAGAAACCUUGUGUAGUGUAAGGCUGUUUUAAGUGCACAAACCGUGUAUGUUCAUGUGUUAUGCUAUAAUGCUCUGUCUGUAACUUGCACAUAGUUGCAUAUUGUAUGCUGUAGUAAUGAAGGGCACAGGCUGGAAUAUAAGGGUUUUCUGUAUGCAUGUGUGCAUUCACCAAAUUCAAAUUUAUCCAGACUAAUAUGUAAAUAAAAUACAUUUGGCUGAUAUAUUA